UUUCUUUUCUUUUUGUUUCUUUUGUUGCUCUGUUUUCUGCUGCUCUGUUUCCUGCUGGUAUGGUCGAAGAAGAAAACAUAGAGAGAGAGAGAGAGAGAGAGAGAGAGAGAAAGGGAGAACAAAGGAAGAACAACGAUAGAGAGAGGGAGAACUAUCGAGAUAGGAAGUCAUCUCAUAAGGAAGGGUCUAAUCUUGCAUUUUUGGUUGAAUAUUGACAAAGUUUGGGGGCGGAGGAGACCGAGACUAUACACCCGGAAGACUCGACUCAUUGAGUUAUCAUUUUGGGGUUCUUUGUGAGUUUUUUUUUCCACUAUAGAAUGAAACUAAAUCUUGAACUAAUUAUAUAAAUGAUUGCUUGAUUGAAAUAAGUUGAAUGAGGAUAGUAACAGGAUUUCAAGGAGUUAUUAUAAAUGAAUUCGGUUGAUUGCGAUGUAGUUAAAUUAUUGUUUGUAGCCAUGGGACCGCUGAUCCGGCGGGAUAUAAAAAUGGACGCCUAGACCGCUGAUCCGGCGGGAUACAAAAAUGGACGCCUAGACCGCUGAUCCGGCGGGAUACAAAAAUGGACGCCUAGACCGCUGAUCCGGCGGGAUACAAAAUGGACGCCUAGACUCCUACUGUCGGAGGAUAAUAGGCAGCCCCCGCUUAUGAGAAAUGAAAUGAGGAGUUUGUGGAUAUGAGUGCGGGGUUACGGUACCGUGUAACUCUGUCGAAAGGAUUGCGACCCUAUGGCUACUAUUGCUUGUUGCUUAGAAUGAUUGUUUGAAGUAUGUGAUAUUAAAUGGGUCGAUAAGAGAAAUGUUUCAGGUUGGAAAGUAGAUACAUAUACCACUAGAAGUUUUAAAAUAGAUGAUAUUACUAUAACCGUGUUGUGAAUGCAUAAAUAAGAUUAAUACUUCAUUUUAUUGUGGAAUUUAAUACUCACUGAGAUGCAGCUCACCCCCUGCAUAUAUAUAUAUAUAUAUAUAUAAUUUUUUUUCCCAGAUGAGCUAGGAACCAGACUAACCGCACAGGAUAUCUUUUUGGACAACGGGGAUAAGUGCGGAGGAUCUUUUUGCAGUAGGGCCCACUCCUAGUAUAAGUAGUAAGUUCUUGUAGAAUGUUAUGAUUAAGUUACGACUUGAAACUUUUGUAUAGUUGGGUUAGUGAUAGGGUUGUGGAAAAUACUCUCUUGAGAGUUAUAUAUAUAUAUAUAUAUAUAUAUAUAUAUAUAUAUAUAUCAGAACCUGCUGAAUUGGUUAUAUGCUUUUAGUAUAGCUUGCUGAAUUGGUUAACUGUUUGGGAGGUGGAAAACAUGUUAUGAAUAAAUUGUUUAUGUGAUAAUGGAUAUCGAGAAAACAUAGGGGAAACUCUACUGAAAUUUCGGGUCGUGACAUCAUGACAGGCUGCUAAAUCCGAAACAAGCAAACCUAACAAGCCUAUAUUAUUAUUUGUUAUGUUCAGUUGAUUGAUCAGUUCAGUCUUCCUCUCCUUUACGUUAAUUGCUUUCGGGGUUUCCCUACUUUCUGCUGAUUUAAUUUGUCUACCCAUCCCCUUGCCAUCUCCUCCCCAACGUUUCACUUUCCAAAUUUAGCUUUGAUGUCUCUUAGCCCUUUGCUUGCCAUUCUUCUGUGAAAGUUCCUCACUCCCUCUCGAAAGUUGAAUUGAAACCCAUCGUGGCAUCUAGUCAACAGAUAAUGGCAGUCAAUGUCCUCUCUCUGCACAUAUUCUUUCUUUUUCGAAGUUUGGGUUUGAAUCAAUGAAGCUAAGCAGGAGAAUACUUCUCUCACAUGAGACAUAGAUCCGACUUCUACGCAUACUAUCUCUUCCCAAGGACAUUUCUAUCAUAUCAAUACUAGAGAGUGGGGUCAGUACUGAUCUUACAGUUUAGAGGGGACCAACGGACUUUCUGAGAAAAUAAUAGUAAAAUUUCAUCAAGAUACAUGUAGUUUAGGGAAAGCCUUUAUUAGAUUCAAUAUGAAUUAUUAAAAGAGCUAUUGGGGAAUAUUGCAUGGCGCACGAUAAUUAUUUUCGAUGGAGUACAGCGUGAGUUUAUAUGUAUGAAGUUUAUUUUGUCUCAAUUUUUCCAUCGACCAAACGAUAAGGACAUCGUAUUGUACUUGUUUUGGAAUAUGCAAUUCUAGAACAUACAAAAUACAUUUAAUCUAGUAUUUCCAACAUGCGAUGCUAGCUUAAGAGGUAUACUCGACCAUUUUCAUUUUAUGUCAGUCUCUCCCGAGCCUCCUACUAAAACAAAUGCAGAUGCAUACACAUAUACAUACAUAUGCACACAUUCUGAGUUUUAAGUACAGAGCACUAAAGCAGGGAUAUUCUCAUCUGAUAUAAAGAUCUUUGGUGUAGAUAGUGAAUAAUGGAAGCACCAUUGGUGAAUUAAAAUGACAAUCACAAUACGAGUAGAUAUCGAAAUCUUCGAGACCGUAACAUACUCCAAGAUAUCCCGGUCUUACAUAUCGGUUAGCAGCAUCAAGACAACUAUAGAGAGGUAUAAGAAGGCUAGCUCAGACAGUUUGAACACGACUUCUAUUACAGAGAUCAAUGCUCAGUAUUAUCAACAAGAAUCAGCCAAGCUGAGGCAGCAGAUACAGAUGCUGCAUUUGAUGGGAGAUUCUUUGAGUGCCCUUUCCGUGAAGGAACUGAAGCAGCUCGAGAACAGGCUCGAGCGCGGAAUCACCAGAAUUAGCAUGAAAUGCUGCUUGCUGAGAUUGAGGACUCGCAGAAAAAAGGAGAUUGAGAUGGAAAAUGAAACUGUGUACCUUUGCACCAAGAUAGCUGAGAUAGAGAGGAUGGAGCAUGCGAACAUGGUUCCGGGCCAGGAGAUGAAUGCGAUUCAGGGGUUGGCUUCCCGCAAUUUCUUCCCUCCCAAUAUGUUGGAGAGUGGAAAUUUCUAUUCUCAUCCCGAUAAGAAACUCCAUCUCGGGUAUGAAUCAAUAAUUCCGUGCAUAUUAGUAUAGAUACUUUAUGGAAACUAUAGCAUCUCGUCUGGCGUUUUAAAUGCUCAGUAGCAAAUAUUAGUUUCUCAUUUGCUGGUGGAUCAUCGUCCUUUAGAUAAGUAAGUGUCAUAAAAAAAUACUAUGAUCCACCAGCGUAUUUAUUAUAAGAAGUGUCAUCAAAUGUACGCUGGUGGAUCAUCGUAUUGUACUGCGACAUGGUAGUGCAGAUAGUACUUCAGGUUUAACGUACAAGAUGUUAUGAGAGCAUGUAUCGUUCUUGGUUCAAGAGUAAAA